UACAACACUUCAUAGCAAAAAAUCCGUAUUUGUCACUGAUGCCGUCAUUUCAUUAACGUUUAUCAGAAACUCACGACUGACCACAGUAGGAUUGUUUGGAUUUUAAAACCACCCGCUUCGCCUUGAAGCGUUCUCUAAACAUCCGAAAUGUCAGCCAGCGCAGUUUAUGUGUUGGAUCUGAAAGGCAAGGUCCUAAUUUGCCGUAACUACCGCGGCGAUGUGGACAUGUCUGAGAUCGAACACUUCAUGACUCUGCUGAUGGAUAAGGAGGAGGAAGGCACUCUGUCUCCCAUCCUGGCACAUGGAGGUGUUCGCUUCAUGUGGAUCAAACACAACAAUCUGUACCUUGUUGCCACGUCUAAGAAAAAUGCCUGCGUCUCUUUGGUUUUCUCGUUCCUGUAUAAAAUCGUGCAGGUUUUCUCCGAGUAUUUUAAGGAGCUGGAGGAGGAGAGCAUCCGAGAUAACUUUGUCAUCAUUUACGAGCUGCUGGACGAGCUCAUGGAUUUCGGCUAUCCCCAGACGACAGACAGCAAAAUCCUGCAGGAAUACAUCACACAAGAGGGGCACAAGUUAGACACGGGAGCUCCUCGUCCACCCGCCACCGUCACCAACGCUGUGUCCUGGAGGUCAGAGGGCAUCAAGUACAGGAAGAACGAGGUUUUCCUGGACGUCAUCGAGUCCGUCAACCUUCUGGUCAGCGCCAACGGAAACGUCCUCCGCAGCGAGAUCGUGGGCUCCAUUAAAAUGCGAGUGUUUCUUUCAGGCAUGCCCGAGCUGCGUCUGGGUCUCAACGACAAGGUCCUGUUCGAAAACACUGGACGAGGGAAGAGUAAGUCUGUAGAGUUGGAGGACGUGAAGUUUCACCAGUGUGUACGGCUCUCACGCUUUGAGAACGACCGCACCAUCUCCUUUAUCCCUCCAGACGGCGAGUUUGAGCUCAUGUCCUACCGCCUUAACACACACGUGAAGCCUCUGAUCUGGAUUGAGUCUGUGAUUGAGAAACAUUCACACAGCAGAAUCGAGUACAUGAUAAAGGCCAAAUCGCAAUUUAAACGCCGCUCUACAGCCAAUAACGUGGAGAUCCAUAUCCCAGUGCCCACGGACGCAGACUCGCCCAAGUUUAAGACUACAGUGGGGAGUGUGAAGUGGGUCCCUGAAAACAGCGAGAUCGUCUGGUCCAUUAAAUCUUUUCCUGGAGGUAAGGAAUAUCUGAUGAGGGCACACUUUGGCCUGCCUAGUGUGGAAGCUGAGGAUAAAGAAGGAAAGCCACCGAUUAGCGUUAAGUUCGAGAUCCCUUACUUCACUACCUCUGGAAUUCAGGUGCGUUACCUGAAGAUCAUCGAGAAGAGUGGCUACCAGGCUCUCCCAUGGGUACGAUACAUCACCCAGAAUGGAGACUAUCAGCUCCGGACUCAGUAGUAGAACUUCACUCGUCUCCUGCCGUGUGAGCCAUGUGGACUCGGAUCUCUCUUUGUGUCUGUAUCUCUCUCUCUCUCUCUCUCUCUCUCUCUCUCUCUCUCUCUCCCUCUCUCUCUCUCCUUCUUUCUCUCUCCCUCUCUCCAUUCUCUGUCUGCAAAGUUUGAGACGACCCAAACUGGUUUCCUGAUCGUCUCUACAAACACCGCUCAGCCAACACAGCGAUUCAUUUGAAGCUCUUUCAAAUGACUCUUUUGAAUCAACGUCCCUGAUUCAUACACAAAUCAAUUAGCUGAUUUUACGGCAUGAAGUGGCGAGCUGCUCCGAGAUGUCUCUCAGUCACACGAGUCUCUCAGGCCUGCUAUGACACAGGUCGUGUUUGUUUGUUUGGUGUUUUUUGUUGUUGUUGUUUUUAUUUGCGGACCAUCAGUGUCUCUUUCUGUAUGUUUGUGUUCAGACAUGUUCUUUCUGUUCACGGUCAAUGGCAGGAGAGCCGUUUUACUCGUAACCAGCUUCAAACAAUCCUCAGUAGUAUUUCAGUGUAAUAUUAGGUGUGUGUUCACAGGAGUGUUUACAGUGCACAUGUAGGUUGGACCAUUUACUAAUAGAGGUGGAUAAAUCGUGCAUUUUAUUAGCUAGAUCAUCAGGCAAGGAAAAGGCAAGUGUGUUUCAGGGCUCUGUAAGAACCAGUGGUCUAUAACUGUGUAGAAUGAAUAGAAGUGUGUUAUUUGUGACACAUGAGUGCAGAUCUUGUAGAAUGUCAUCAUGUUAUCCAGCCUUUAAAUGUACCUGAAAAUCCGCUUGUCCUUUCUGCCUGGCUAGCGAUUUGUCCACCUCUGAUUAAACACACGUUCAGAAAUGUUUUGUGUUACUGAUGCUUAACAUUUAAACACCGUUAUUUUAAAGUCUGCUCCAGAUUCAACAGUUACAUCAGUCAUCCAAAUCACAGGUCAAUCAAUUCCUCUGCUAUUCUCUUGAUAUUCUCACCGACUGUAUACACUGUACUGUGUUUAUUAGUUGUUUCGUUUGUUUUUCAGUAUUAGCAGUAGAGCUCAAGAUGUUGGUCUCUAAAUGAUAUCACAGUCAUGUUUACCACAAAACUUAUAUGAAUGAUGAUGAUGAAGAUGAUGAUGAUGAUACCACCAUUGUUCACCAAAACGGUGCUCGCUGCCAUUUGCAACAUUUCCAAUUCCUUUUACUAACAUUGUGCCAUUUUAGGAUGUGUGAUUAAUAGAAACCUCUCUACACUCUGUUUGAGCUAAGCAGCAUACGAUGUGUGUGUAUAUGUGUUUCUCUGUUGUGCUGCCUAUAUAUCUGACCUGAUUGGAAAUAAAAAAAACUAUUUGUAAUCGCUCUCAAGACGACGCGUGCCCUGUACGGUCGGAGGCGGAGCGAGGCACAUGCAUGCGUUCUCCUGAACGUUACACAAAUCCCUUCUCGGUAAAUAAAACAAAAAUGAAGUUCCUCUUUUCUCAA